ACCCUAAAGUGUCUUCAGUUCUUCGAUAUUAACUAUUAAGUUGCUUUCGGCAGAACCCAAUUACGACUUCACAGAGAUGACCACCUUCAUCCUCCUCCAUCUUCUCCUCAUCUCCGCCGUGUCCUCCGCCGCUCCGAUCCCCGGCCUUGACACUUUUCUGACCCACCACGCCCGUCUAGAUCAUCACUCCUCCAAUGACUCCUUCAGUUCCCUCCCCUCCUCCCUCAAAUCUUCCCUCUCCAACUCUAACUCUCUCCUCCAAAUCUCCUCCCUAAUCUCCUCUCUCCUCUCUCUCUCCGUCCCCGUUUCCCUCCACGUCAGACUCGUGGGCCCCACCUCCACUUUCCCUUCCUCUGCUCCUUCCCUCCUCCACUCCUACUUAUCCGCCGCCCACGCCUCCUCCCGCUUCCACGUCAUCUCCGAUCACUCCGACGUCCAUUCUCUCUCCGUUUCUCACUUACCGCACGUCGACAUCUCGCUUUCCCCUUCUCUCUCGUCCCGUCUCUCUCAGACCCUCGAAGCGCUCUUGACUUCUUCGAUCUCGCCGCUUCGGCAAGCGCUUGUUCCCGUAUCGUACGAGCCCAUCGAUGAGCUAAUUAAGCAGGAUUUUGAGAAGGAGAAAGGGGGAAAUGGGGUUUAUAUUUACUUGCUUUCUCUGGGGUCUAUGGGGAAGAGUUAUGCUUAUAGUUACAGCCAUGGGGAUUCUUCGCCAGGGUUUACAAAGUGUUUGGGGAGCAUCUGGACUGGGAAAGAGAGGUAUAUUUGGGUUGAUCUUGGUGCUGGACCGGUGGAUUAUGGGCCAGCUUUGUCAGGUGAUGGGGUUUUGGCUAAGGGUGAGUUUCAUCCUUUUGCCGCGUUUCAUGGUCGUCCUAAGUCGCAAAAGGCGCUUCUUGCUGAUCUAGCUUCGCUGGUUUGGAGUGCUUACAAUGUGCUUGUUGUGCCUUCUUUGAGGAUUCCAGUGUAUUUUGAGAACUCGUUGAUUGUUCAGUUUAUUCAUGUAUAUGGGUCAGAAAGUGGAGCGGAUUCAAGUGGCUUGGAUUGGAAAACAGUUGAGAGGUCAUUUAAGGAUGAGGUUCAUGAUGGUGGAUUGUUACUGGGAGAUCAGUCUUUGAGCUUCAAGAAUUAUAAGGUUGAUUUUGCGGAGUGUUCGAUUUGUUCCUAUGCGAUUACAAAGUCAAUUAAUUCUUAUACAUCGAGGUUUUUGUUUGAUAAUUAUACGUUGAUUGUGAGUGAGUAUCUGGACUCAAAGAAAUUGCAUCGUAUACUCUCUGAGUCGGCUGAGGAGUUUAGGAGGGUGGCAGGGAUCCCUGAGGAAGAUUUUGGGAGGGUUCUUCCUGUUUAUGUCUUUGAUCUUGACUAUAAUAUGCUGUUGUUGCUUGAUCGGUACCACCAAUCUGUUGCCUUUAGAGAUAUGGUUAUUGCAGUGAGGACAAAGAAUUCUCAGACUGUGAGUGAUUAUAGCUGUAAUGGCCGUCACGUGUUUACUCAUACAAGGGAGCUAGAACGACCUCUUGUUGGUUCGAUUUUGCAGAGUAUGUGGGGAGUGUCGCCAACCCAUUUAUCAUGGAGUCCAACACAUAAUAAUACUUUAGUAGAUUACACAUGGAGUAUUGGGCAGACACCAUUUGGGCCAUUCUCAGAGAUUUCAUCAUUAUCUUUUGUACAGAAGGAUGCAGCUCGGAGGAAUGUUCUCUUGACUUCAUUGAAUUAUAGCAUAACAAGUGCUGUUGAUGUUCUUGAAUCCGUAGCUGCUCAUGGCGGGGACAGGAAACUUCUUAAACAAAAGCAGCAUGUUGAGUUUGUGCAGAGGUGGAACUUAUUCAAGUACAAGCUGGACAAGGCCGUUGCUGCUUUGUCACAUUUUGACUUUGAGAUGGCUCUGUAUUACUUGAGGUCUUCAGAUCACGACCUUUAUACCAUGCAUUCUCUUGUAUACCAUGCAUCUCAAGAACUGGAAGCAGCACUUGUUUGUUUCAGGGAUCCACCACUUCCGUGGGGUUCACUCUCAAUGACUGCUGUGGGUUUCUUUGGUCUCUUUUUUGUAUAUGCAAAAAGAGACAAAUUUUUUAGAAACAAGAGAAAGCAAUUUUGAAGCUUUAGAAGAACAAAAGUUUGUAUUAUUUGAACACAAAAACUACAUGUUUUUAAUUGACAGAGUUAAAGAGUGUUAGAAUUAUCAAGAUCAGAAUUGCACAAAACUUGUACUGUAGCUCUAGAUGCAGUUUUUCUCUGUUGCUUAACUGUUCAAUACUCAAUAGCUUCUUGUUAUCUGUCAGGUGUGUUGUAAGUUUUGAAUUGCCAGAUAAAUGUUGCUAGAACGAAAUUUAUCCGAA